AUGAAUUCAGAUUGCAGUCUAGUCUCGUUCUUCUACGCUCUUGUGGAGUUAGGGAGAUGGUGGUUGGCGAAACGCGUCCACAUUUUUUGUAUUAUCGGUGUUCUAUGUUGCUGGAGAAGGAAUAAACGCGUAAAGGAUGAACCGUAUUCUCCCGAACUAAAUAGUACAGACGACAGUGACUAUGAAAUUUCUCGAAAACGCAAUAAACGCACAAUCAACAAAAACAGAGUAUGGUCCUGCAAAAAGUGCUCUGAAACCUUCCCUACCAAACGAUUAUUAGGCACCCAUCGCAAAACCCACCCUUCAGAAGACUACGGGGAAAAACACACAUACAAGUUUGACCCCACUCAAGAAAUCUUCUUUUGCAAUACGUGCUCUGCUGAAUACCAACAAAAAGAAGAAAUCGAAGAACACAUAAAAUCUCAUGAAGAAAUCUUCACGUGUACGUUUUGCGCAGAGAAGUUCAAACGGGCCUACAACUACGGUAUUCACCUGGCCUCACACAAUGAAGACAAAAUGUUCCGGUGUCCGUUGUGUAACUAUAAAUCUCUGAAACGCACUGGCCUAUUAACCCACAUCAAUUUCUUCCACUUGAAAAAAUUUUAUUAUUGGUGCCAGACUUGCGGCAAAGGUUUCAACGACGCUCUUUUGUACAAAGAACAUGGAAACGAGCAUUUGGGUACUAAACCUUUCGAAUGCGUGGUUUGCAGCAAAAGUUUUGUGUACUCGCGAUACCUGUAUACACACCAAGUUCGAUGUCAUACAGCUGGAAUCGUAGGGCAGCUGCUCAAAAAUCAGUGUGCCAUAUGUUUGAAAAUUUUCGUUAGAGACGAUUCGUUGAGCAAACAUCUGGCUGUUAGUCAUGCCAAUAAGGGGGCGCCACGUGUCAAAAAACACUUGUGUGACAUUUGUGGAAAGGGUUUUGGUACUAAAGAUAAAAUGAAGAUACACUACAGAGUACAUACGGGAAUUAAACCCUACGUGUGUCAGUUUUGUAGUAAAAGUUUCACUAAGAGAGAUUACUUGGUUAUGCAUGAGAGGGUCCAUACUGGUGAAAAACCCUAUGUGUGUCAACACUGUGGUAAAAGCUUCAAUCAGGGAGCACCGUUGAGAAUUCAUAUUAGGAGCCAUACAGGAGAGAAGCCUUACAUAUGCCAGUUUUGCAAUAGCGGAUUUGUAUCUAAAGGAUCGUUGAACGUGCAUUUGAAAACAUGUAGAAUUAUUGAUUAA